GAGCUGUGAGUACAAAUUUGAAAAUCCUAGCUACACCCCUGAUUGCAGACAAAUAUACUUAAAUCAGCUUGUGUGUCCAAUUGAUUUUCACAGGUAAAUCACAGCAGCCAACAGCUCAGAUGUUGAGCAGAAAUGAUUCACAGAAAUGUGACCAACACUGAUUAUAAGGCCAACAGAAACCCCCAGGCUAAGAGUUAACACAGAAUUUCAAAAGCAGAGUAAUAACCUCCAAUGAACCCAGAUAUCUGUUGUAUUUUUAAAACACAUGCAAGAUGUAGUUUAUGUACAAACUUAGAGUUCAAGUUUCAUAAAAUACUCUAUAGGCUGAUUAGUAGGUACAAAUUUCAACCGACAUUGUAGAAGAGAAAGUUCAGUUUGUGUUAAAGGAAGUUAGAAAUGUUUACUACCGUACUGGGAAACUGAUCAGUCUAAAUACAUCAACUAUAUCCAUAAGUAAACACUCAUAGAUGUCAUGAUUUUUGCCCUUUAAUUUUUAAUUAAUGAUUGAUUAAAUGUUUUAAUUUAGUAGAAGUGAUUGAGAAAUGUUUGCACGUUAGUCUGAAGAAGCAAUGAGGACAUCGCGAAAGCGCUUACUUUUUAUUUGCUAAUAAAUCAUAUCCUUCUAUUGGCCAUGUUGGUUCAGUUUAUUACUUUUAAUAAGUUAUUUUUAUUCAUCGCACCUUUAUCCUUGUCUUGUUUUAUUAUGCAUUUGUAACUUACAUUCUUGUUUGCUUAGUGUAAACAGUCUAUAUUUACAUGACUACUAUGCGUUUGUGUGAAAUACAUUUUGUUUUUUCCACUGUAAGACAUCUAAAGUGUACAUAGUCAGCAAUGGGGCUAUAAUUGUUGGGUACAGGAGCUGUCUAUAAAUGAGAGUGGCAGACACUGGCUGUCAUGAUCAUGUUAAACAUUCAUUAGCUGGGCUUUGGAGAACUAGUGUGCACUUGUGGAAAGCAAGUUGGGACUCUUUUUUUGUGGGCAUUUUUUAAUCAUAGUUGAAUAUUUGAGGUGUAUACAGUUAAGAAGCUGUAAUUGUUGUCUAUAGACAUUGGUGGAGUAUAAUGGCAGUAGUUCAGAUGAUCUUAAAUCAUCUUGUGAGUCCAAAUGAAUAUGAGCAUUUAUCUGUGGACCCAAAAAAUUGUGUGUUUGGUGGGUCUUCCGUAGUUUAAACGCUGUCCAGGGCCCAAGGUGCACGAAACCCACCACUGCUACUGCUCCAGUGCUUUCUUAAAUUCUAUCACUGUUUUAUUCAGGAUGGACGAAGUACCCUGUUGGAGAGACUUCCUCUGCUCAUAAAAUUAGCAGAUCAGGUUCUGUCCUACAAGCCUUCAUCAAGCAUGAUACAUGUUUAGCUCCUAUGACAUUAGAUACAUGGUUGUGACCAGUGGUAAGAAUACCUGAAAAUUUUCUGGCAAAUCUCUACCCAUCCACGGCCAAGUCCCCAUCUGUUGCCAGUCAUCGCUCACUGCAAAAAGCAGUACUUCGAAACAAAGUGCUGAUGUUGGCCACCAUAUCUGCAAAAGCUGCCCAUUUCAGUGGGUUGUAGCACAGUAAUGCAGAGUGAUGAUCCAAUCAGACAGCAUGAUUUGUCCAUAGUCCAGAAAACCUGAGCUAGAAAGCAAGCCAUAGCUGAGAUGUCAGAUGUUAAGAAAUGCUGCACUUGAAAAGAGAACAAGAGCAUGAAGGAAAAGUUUGAAGAACAGAGGCAAGGAUCUGAGGAGAAGAGAGGAAGUAUUUUUCAUAGAAAGGAAUAUUAAUGCUUUCAAAAGCCUCGUAAAAGGGCAAAAGCAGUGACAAAAUUCAAGACUGCAUAGGACAGAUGAUUGUUUAUUUGAGAAAUUAGUUGAUAUUUUGAUUAAGGAGGAAUGCAUCAUAUCUAGCACUUAGAGAGUCAGACAAAAUAAGUGGAACAAGUAUGCUUUGUUUACUAUUUAAAUUUUUUAGCUAAAAUAAUAAGGAGCUUACAAACUGAAUUAACUGACAAGGCUGGUUUUAGCAUAUAGACUCCAAGAGAGAUGACAGUCUUCAAGGCAGACUGAAGUAGAAUUCGGUCUUGCUGUUCUUUGGCAGAAUUCCACUUUGUCUUUUGUAUGUAUGUGUGUAAAAAUGGUGUAGGAAUUGUGCUGCAAAUUAAUAAGGUGUGUUAUUUAGAUGGGUGAAAGGACAUGUUUUCAAAAGUGACCUAGGAGCACUUUCUGGGUGUUUUUUUUUUUUUGUGCACUUUACAAGUGGAGACUGAGGGAAUCAAACCCAAGACUACAGAAUGAAGCUUUUUAAUAGCUCAGUCAUACUGUGUGUGUGAAACUGUCUUAUUAUAAUUGGACUGUUUGAUGUCAGACUUUUUUUCAGUGCUAUUUAUUAAAAAGCACAAAAGAAAAACAUCCAAAUAUUCCACCUUAUUUGUGAGUACAGAGCUUAUCAGCAAGCUUAAACAACCUUAGUUUAUUGGUUUUAAAGUUUAUUGCUUAUCAGAGUGCUUGACAACUGGAUCUGCUUUAAGUGAAUUGUGUAACUAAAUGCUUUCAUACCCACCACAAACACUUGUAAAGUUCAAGCACAUUCCUUUGAAAAUGCCACCAGCUAAAUCAACUAUGGAUAAGAUAUUGCUAAAGGCAAAGAGACUAAUUCGUAUUAAAAGUGAACUUGGCCGCCACUGCUUGUCAGAAUUUUUUUCAACUUUCAUGGCUAUGUUCUUUGUUCAGAGUUCAGGAGCUCAGCUGAAGACAUCCUAUGGUGAAAAGGGGAAUUACCUGAGCCAGACUAUUGGAGCAGCACUUGGAAUUACAUUUUCUGUUUACAUUGCUCAUGGGAUCUCAGGGGCUCACCUAAACCCAGCAUAUUCCCUAAGUAUGUGUCUUUUGAGAAGACUUCGAUGGUGGAAACUUCCUUUCUAUAUCAUAUUCCAAUUUUUAGGGUCCUUUUUAUCUGCAGCUGCUGUCUACGGACUCUAUUAUGAUGCAAUUCAGAGCUACAGUGGCGGAAAUCUCACGGUAACAGGUCCAAGGGAAACUGCAUCCAUUUUUUUCACACUCCCUGCAAGCUAUCUCAGCAUACAGAAUGGAUUCAUUGACCAGGUUAUGGGAACUGCGAUCCUGAUUAUAUGCCUUCUGGCUAUUGGUGAUCCCAGGAAUAAUCCUGUUCCAAAAGGACUGGAACCAAUUGCAGUGGGUCUUCUUAUAAUAUGUCUUGGCACUACUGUUGGGUCCAACUGUGGUUAUGCCAUCAACCCAACAAGAGAUAUAGGACCACGCAUUUUCACCUAUCUGGCUGGCUGGGGUCCUGAGGUUUUCAGUGCCGGCAACUUUUGGUGGUGGGUUCCAGUUGUUGCGCCACUUGUUGGAAGUGUGUUAGGGACAGUGCUUUAUCAGCUUUUUAUAGGACUGCAGCAUCCUGACCUCAGUGACAGCAAGAAGCAAGAAAACAGUCCUGGUGCCUUCAUCCUGGGAAACUCAGUGGCAGAGUCUGACCUGAAGAAGUGCCAAAAGGAAUAUAACCACAAAGGGGCAGACAUAAUAAUGGGUACUUAGUCGACUUCAUGUGUGAUAUGACUUCCUAGAGAAAAAUGAUCCGCAAUAACAUUUAGCAGAACUGACAUUUUAUUUUUUGAGUAUGUGCCCUAUCAAAAGCAGCAAAAAUCAAGGUUGCUUUAUUUAAUGAGUCUGAAAAUACCAUUUGAAUAUCUGAUACAUAUAUUUUGCAAUGUUCUAGCACAUUGUUCCUUAACAACUGGUAUAAGUUGAUGUAAUUCAGCUGGAGUUCUUUGUUCAAAAAAAGAAAAGUGCACAGAGUUAAUAUACUUGUAAGGGUCAGUGGAACAUCAUCUUUGUGACCAGGGUACAUGCAGCAAUCCCAGCACAGCAUGAUUAAAUGCCUUUGGGUGUUUAUUAGUAUAAUACAGUUACAAACAUUAAUAAACAAUAAGAAACUGGUUUAUGCAAUGAUGCUAUGCAGUUGUGCUCGAUACUGAGAAAAAUUCUGAGCUGUGCAAGUGAAUUAUUGACAUACCGUUCCCAAACCAUUCUCUUGUGCUGUUUCUACUCUGCAGUCAUGUACUUUCCUAGCUGUAGCGACCUAUCUUUCCUGACUCUCUUCUAGAUGGGCUUGCAGUCUUGCAUAUGAAUCUUUUCUUUUCUGUGUCCUUUCCCUGUCUUCUGUUUCAUCAUGUUUUCUCUCCUUGCUUUUCUCUUGCAAAGAUUUUUCCACCACUAUUUAUCUGCCUGCAUUAAUGCUGACUCCCAUGUUCUCUGUUUUUGCAUUAAUAUUUCCAUACUACAGGCAUUGCUAUGUACACUGAUGCACAGCCUUCUUGCAUUGUAGUUGAAUGAUUCUUCCUGCACUAAGGGAAUGUGUGCUAGGUCCUCAUAAUUAUUCACCAGUUUUGGCACUCUAAGAAGCUGUUUUUACUUCCAUUCUUUACUCCCCAGGCCUGUCUGUUUUCUCUCUUAUUUAAAAACAAACAACCCUACCCACGGACCAUGAUCAUAUGCGUGUCAUCUUGCUUCUGUCCCUAACUCUUUCUCUCUCUUUCUGUAUGUCACUCUCUCCUUUCAAGUAAAGCAACUCAAAUCUUAUUUAUUGAUCUCACUUAUUCUCCCAUGUCAGCUUCAAAACAAAGACAACCCUGCCACAUCACUCGGGUUCUAUCACCACCCUUAACUCCAGACUGUCUGAAAUCGUCUGUCUGUCCACAUCACUCACUUAUAGUAUUCAUACAUUGUCUUCCUACAUUCUAUGCAUUUGGAAAAAUAGGUUACUGACACAUUUACUUGCUUCUCCAUUACUUUUAGCUCACCAGUAAUGUAGGUAUUGAACCCCUCCCCACCACCACUAACCAUGCUCCUACCACCUCACUCACCCUUCUAGUGCUACAUCUCUUGCACCCACAUGUUUAACUCCCUGGCCUCAUGCUACACAUCUGGGCAUUGGAAGACCCCAAAACAAAACUGUCUAGGUUGAAUCAAUGAUAGGGAUCUAUAUCCCAGGCAGUCUAGGCAUUGCAGAUAUAUGUUCCAAGUCCAAUCAUCUCUUCCCAACCACUUUACUGGGAAUCUGAUCCUGCUUUAGAUAGGAGAGGCCUGAUGAAAUGUUUAGUAUUAUAGUACGUUUCUUUGUUUCAAAACAGUUCCAGUGCUCAGCAGUGAAAAAAAAUUCUUUAACACAAAUGAUUCCAUUGCACAGUUAGUUAUGUACUAAAGUCUGACAGUUGUCUGGCAGUUAGCACAGAGGAUUAAGGUACUAAACUGUUCAUGAGACUAAAAGAUUUCCACCUCCAUUUGCCUACUGUGUGACUUUGAGCAAGUCUCUUAACCAGACAGUCCUCCAGGGUCAACCACAAAAGAGGACAUUUGUGUCCAGUGGGCUUACCCAUUUAAGAAAAGUACAACGAAAAUAGUGUCUGCAAAGACACACAAAAUAACCUCUUUGACCUGUAUAUAUAAAUUUCACCCCACACUAUCCUGUCUGCACUGGAAAUGAUAUAUGCUAUCAACUCCUAUUUUUGUAAUUGUUAAUCAUUAUUCAAAUUGAACAAUUUCAACAGAAACUCAGAUUGACAGAACAACACGUAAGCUCUAACCAACACAUAAAGCACUGAUUUUCUGUCAGACCCUACUAGUUUUUGAUAACCAUUUAACAAUUCAUUGGACAGUCUCCAACAAUCCUAGCUACAUUAGUAAUAUGAUCACCUCUAUCCCAGUCUAACCAUUGUCCCAUCCAGGGCACCCUAAAUUAUAAAUAGAAUAAGCCACUAAGAAUUGUAGACACAUACUAUGAUUUCUCUGUAUGUGCACAAUUGCCUCUCUUUAUUGAUCUAAACUCAGCUCUAUAAUUGUUCUGUUAUCAACUUUGUGUUUUCUGUUCCUCCGGCUACAGAAGGGAAUAAAUGACAAAGAUGUCAGAUUUAUAUUAUUUGCUGACCUCAAAAAAGGCCUUCAACAUGACGAAUCAGCACCUCCUCUUCCAAUAGUAGAGCACCACAGCAGCACAGAAGUAUAGGGCUUUGAACAGCCAGUAGUUCAGUAGUGCAGAAAGGGAGAGAUUGAAAAUGAAGUGAUAAAUCUUCCAGGAAGUGAAGGAUUUGAAUGGGAACUCCAGAAGCACACAUUGCUUCAGAACAAUAGUUCACUGAAACAGGUAGAUCUCAGGAAGCGACAGAGUAAAUAAAGCCUCUAUUUGUAGUGAGAAUGUUUCAUUAAAACAGUUAAAUCCUAAAGAGGUAAUAGUAGAAUGAAAGCAAGGCAUUAAAAAUGAAGAUGUUUCACAAAACAAAAUUCCAUGAACUCUGGUUAGAGAAUCAUUCAUGAUAAUGUAUAUGACAGAGAGACACUACCAAAUAUGAAUAACACAUGAACUGUUAAAAAAUAGUAAACCAAAUAAAUAUAGUAAGUGGAAAUAUAAACAGAGAGACACGAUAUAAGAGAUAUUAACAUAACACUUUACUGUAUAGCUAAACUAAUAAUAGACAAGGUGUUACCAUGAAAGCAAAAAGUGAUAAAGGAAACAGCGGAACAAAUAAACUACCACAACCAUGGAAAUGCUGAUUAGUAACAACUGCUAAACUGUUAAGAAAAUAAUUAUCAUAACAGGAGGAAAACAGAAAAAUGAAACUAGUAAAAAAAUCUCUUAGAAGGGUGAAUUUGCUAAAAAAAUACAAUAUAAAAUUAGAUCAAGAUUUGAAUUACACCAUUUUCUAACAAUAAAUUAAAAAUCUAUGCACAGGGCAAAAAAACUCAGGAGACACGCACACAAAUAUAAAAGGAAGAUAAAAAACGAGCAGCUUAGGGAUGAUCCAAAGAAGUUCUACAGGGAACUGGGAAGGAAAGCAACAAUAAUCAAAACACCACUAAGAACAGAGGAAAUUAAUAAAUAUUAGUAAAAUAACUGCAAGGAAGCUGUUGUACACAACAAGGAUGCUGAAUGGAUAAAAUAUAUAAAAGGAAAAAUAAGAAAUUCGAAUACUGAGCAUAUGAACUGGAAUGAAGUAACUACCAGUGAGAUGAAGUUAAGAAAGGCUCCCAAACAGAAAACUCCAAGUCCAAAUUCUUUACCAGACUUUUGGUUAAUGGUAUUAACAUCUUUAUACCAUAAUUUCAGCAUUCAUCAGGGAAUAAACUGUACUACCAGACACAAACACCAUUACCAGAUCUUAGCAAGAAACAAAUAAUCUGGCUACCAAUUACAACAGUAGCUGAACUGCUGGUUUACAUUCUUAUUUACUCAGUCCUUAGACCAUAAAGCAUCAUUUGUAUCUCUUCUCUUUACCUUUUUUCAUGUGCUACUUUGAAAAAAGCUCACUCACCUGUCAUUCACCUAAACCUACUUCUGCCUUAAAAGCCUUCUUUAUAAUCUUCCCCUCUGUCUGGAAUUAACUAACUUCAGAUAUAACUGAGAUCUAAAUUCAGCCUCCCUGCAUUUUGCAACAACUUUUACAUGCUCUGUGAACAAAUUUCAUUUUGUUGCUGCUUUCCAUCAGCUGAGCUUUGACAUAAAUUACUUAAUUUGUUCUUAAAUUCCUCAUGUUUCUUCUUCUUUUUUCAGCUGUCUACUGCUGAAUUCUCUUAAUCCAAGUCCAUCUUCUUUUUCCUCCACAUUGCAUUAUCCAGUCCCUCACCGCAUAUUGCCCCUACCCCUAUAUACCUAUCGUAUUUAUACCACCCGUCAUAGUAUAAAACCCUUUUCUCUCUAUAGACCUUCCUCACAUUAACUUCUUUAUCUCUGUGUAGCCAUUCCACUUGAAAUUUGAAAGCAUGUACCAAACAAAGAUGGUUCAGUCCUAAUUAAAAUAUACACUGGCAACUGGCAUCCAAAGCCUACAUCAUAUUCAACAGAUACAACCCAUCCACUAAUACUAUUUAAAACUUCAGCACUACCAUUUGUCCAUACACCCUUUAUCAAUAAUACAAGUAGAUCAAGUCAGUCUUGAGUUCUAUUUUUAUUAUGAGAAUUAUUAUGAUCUACUUGUGAUCUUAACAACUUACAAAAUUUUCUCUUUAGAAACAGUAUUGUUAGAGUUAUAUUUGUUACAUAAUAAAGUGUGUUCUGCCUUUAAUUAUCUUUGUGACUAUAGCUAUUAUAUUGUAAUAUAUCCUUUACCUCAGAUAAUGUACUAACCAUUCUACAGCAGUAUUUCUAUCUCAGAUGAUGUACUAUGUUUUUACUACUUGUGUUUUUAUGCAUUUAAUUAAAGAGUCUCAUGUUAUAAUCAUUUGCCAGAAUCCUGUAUGAGACAGUAUAUGAUGUACAUAUAGUAUAAACUGCAUUAAUAUCUUAGUGCAUUUGGAUUUAUUAUUGUACUGAGCACUCAUAGUCUUGCACAUAGCUGAAAAGGGUCCAAAAGAAUCAGACCAC